AUGGUUCCAUCAUCCAUUCAGUUCGUCUACUUCUACUCAUCAAAUCCCCAAAUUUCAAACUCCAAUAACGCAAAGGAGCUAAAGAAAUCCUUAUCAGAGGUCCUCUCCAUAUACUACCCCUCGCCGGCCGCCUCGUCGGCAACCUCUACGUCUAAUGCAACGACACCGGAAUCCCCUUCUCCGAGGCGGAAGCAGACUGCAAUCUCUCGCAAGCCACUACCAAUCAAAACCCUAAAUAUUUCAAGAAAUUUAUAUCUUUCAAAACGGAUGACCUUUGCCUGGCCGUUCAAGCCACCCAUCUCCGCUGCGGGGAUCAACCUCGCACACAAGAUCGCCGACGGUUUAUCUUUUGUGUCAAUCGUCAACACCUGGUCCGCCGUCGCCAGACACGGCAGCGUGGCGCUCCUGAAAUUCGACACGGCCACCUACGCUCCGCCGCUGGACGUCCUCAACAACCUCCAGCCCCCAACAGGAUUGAAUGAGGAAAAGGUCGCCGCCAGAAUCAUCAUGUUUUCGGUGUCAGAGAUCACCGCUCUCCAGAAAAGGUACACCGCAGGUGGGCUUCGUCCGAGUCGGUUCGAGGCACUAGCGGCUUCUGUAUGGAGCAUGUAUACAGACAUCAGAUCCGACCCGGGUCAGAACUGCUUAUGCUUUGCGGCGCUCGGGGACGGCGGAGACGAGCUUAUGUGGAAGCUGCGGGACGCCUUGAAGGCUUUCGACAGCGCAUAUUUGGGGCGGCUGAAGAAGAGGGAGAUGCAAUUACUCUGGCUCAAGCCAGUCAAGCCGUGA